UCAUUUCACUCUCCUCUCUCUCUCUCUCUCUCUCUGCGAUUCUCUCUCCUUUCUUCAAUCUCUGAAUUUCGAAUCUCACUUAGCCAAGAUGCGUGAGAUUCUUCACAUCCAGGGAGGCCAGUGCGGCAACCAGAUCGGAGCCAAGUUCUGGGAGGUCGUCUGCGCCGAGCACGGCAUCGACGGCACCGGCAGGUACGAAGGCGACUCCGCGCUUCAGCUUGAGAGGAUCAAUGUCUACUACAACGAGGCCAGUUGCGGCAGGUUCGUCCCCAGGGCUGUGCUCAUGGAUCUCGAGCCUGGCACCAUGGACAGCGUCAGAUCUGGUCCGUACGGUCAGAUCUUCCGCCCUGACAACUUCGUCUUCGGCCAGUCCGGCGCCGGAAACAACUGGGCCAAGGGUCACUACACCGAAGGAGCUGAGCUGAUCGACUCGGUUCUUGAUGUGGUUCGCAAGGAGGCCGAGAACUGUGAUUGCCUACAAGGGUUUCAGGUGUGCCAUUCGCUUGGAGGAGGAACUGGAUCUGGCAUGGGGACUUUGUUGAUUUCGAAAAUCAGGGAGGAAUACCCUGACAGGAUGAUGCUCACUUUCUCUGUGUUUCCGUCACCGAAAGUCUCCGAUACGGUGGUUGAGCCCUAUAAUGCUACCUUGUCUGUGCACCAGCUUGUUGAGAAUGCGGAUGAGUGUAUGGUUCUUGAUAACGAAGCUCUCUAUGACAUUUGCUUCCGCACACUCAAGCUCAGUACCCCAAGCUUUGGGGAUUUGAACCAUUUGAUUUCUGCUACCAUGUCUGGUGUGACUUGCUGUUUGAGGUUCCCUGGGCAACUCAACUCUGACCUCAGAAAGUUGGCUGUCAAUCUCAUUCCAUUCCCCCGUCUCCACUUUUUCAUGGUGGGUUUUGCUCCUUUGACCUCUCGUGGUUCACAGAUGUACAGAGCCUUGACUGUGCCAGAACUCACUCAGCAAAUGUGGGAUUCUAAGAACAUGAUGUGCGCAGCUGACCCUCGCCAUGGUCGCUAUCUCACUGCCUCAGCCAUGUUCAGGGGAAAGAUGAGCACCAAGGAAGUCGAUGAUCAAAUGAGCAAUGUUCAGAACAAGAACUCUUCAUACUUUGUGGAGUGGAUUCCCCACAAUGUCAAGUCCACUGUUUGUGAUAUCCCACCGACAGGCUUGAAGAUGGCAUCAACCUUCAUUGGAAACUCAACUUCAAUUCAGGAGAUGUUCCGUCGUGUGAGUGAGCAGUUCACUGCUAUGUUCAGGAGGAAGGCUUUCUUGCAUUGGUACACUGGUGAAGGCAUGGAUGAGAUGGAGUUCACAGAGGCUGAAAGCAACAUGAAUGAUCUUGUUUCAGAGUAUCAGCAGUACCAGGAUGCAACAGCUGAGGAGGAUGAGUACUAUGAAGAGGAAGAGGAAGAAGAAGCUCAGGAGAUGUAAGGUUAUGAGCAUCCUGAAUUCUGAUGUGUGAAGUGAUGCUGCAACUUCCUGUUGUUGGUGUUUUGCAAUGCUAGGGGUUGUUCCCAGUAGUAGCUCUUAAUAUUGUUAAAAACUAAAGUUGGUUUCUGCAUUUUGUUCUUAUUAGUUCUGUACUUGGGUAAACUCAGAUCUGUUAUAUGGUAAUAUGAAUCAUUUUAAAGUAGUAA